AUGUCUCCUGACAGACUUGAACAUCUUUUGUCAUUAAUUGGAUCUUCAUUAACGAAAAAGUAUUGUCCCAGUAGAGAUUCUAUAUGUCCGUCGCAAAGAUUAAUUAUAACAAUUCGAUACCUUGCUACAGGAGAAUCACAACAAACUCAGUCAUUUUAUUUUCGAGUUGGCAGAGCUAAUUGGAACUUUCCACAAUGUAUAGGAGCUAUAAUUGGAAAGCAUGUACGCAUUGAAACACCUGCAAAAUCUGGAUCUUCUUUUUAUAACUACAAAGGGUUUUACAGUAUGGGUUAUUUUAAUUUACCAAAAAUUUCUGAAUUUGAUCCUAAAGUUCCACCGAUCCUUGUUGGAGAUGACAUAUUUGCACUUAAACCAUGGUUAAUGAAACCGUACCCAGGUAAAAAUCUUACUGUUCAGCAAAGAGUUUUUAAUUAUCGCUUAUCUAGAGCACGUAGAACAAUCGAAAAUAGUUUUGGAAUUUUAGCAGCUAGAUGGAGAAUAUACAGAUCUCCAAUUAAAGCAAAGCCGUUGAAAGUGGAACAUAUAAUAAAGGCUACUGUUUGUCUUCACAACUAUUUGCGUUUAACAGAUGGAGCGCAUUAUAUUCCUACUGGUUUUGUUGAUAGUGAAAGUCAUUCAGGAAUUGUUAUUUAAGGAGAUUGGAGAAAAGAAUUACAAGAUCAAGGGUGUUUGCUUGAUUUCUCAAAAUCAACAAGUAAUAGAUCUGUUUUUGAUGCAAUUGCAAUAAGAAAUACUUAUAAAGAUUAUUUUAAUUCAUGUGAAGGAAUCCUUUCGUGGCAAAUGGACUAUGUUCAAUCGUGUGGCCACAAUCCAGUUAAUAACUAGAAUGUAUGUAAUAAACAAAACUUCCUAAUAAAAGAAAAUAUGUUAUAUUUAACAAACCAAUAA